AGUUAGAACCCAUAACCUCCCAAUCGGGCAAAACGCGCCUCGCACGUGUGCCCACUGUCAAAACAGUCAAAACUCAUCUCGAAAUUUUCGCAGGCAUUCCCCUGAAAUAAUAAUUAAGAAAUAUACUGCCUGGAAUAGGUAAUUGACUAGGAAAGAUGUCGACAGCUGUCGCUGAAGGCCAGUUCAGUGAUGCGAGUGACACAGAGGAUCCCAGCAAUCCUAGCGUUCACUCAUCAAUUGGCAAGCCAACAUGGCAGCAGUCCCCAGCCGAUCUCCCGGCCGACUCAGACUUGGCCGAUCUCCACCUCGAAGAUUCGAGCGAGGACGAGUGCCUAGACGUCAGCGAGGACGAAUGGGACAUUGACGAGUCCUCAGGACCUAACAGGCCCAAAACCCAGUCUUCUCACUCGAAUACUCAAGCAGCCUCCAACAAGGUCUCCAGCUUCCAGCCCUCUGACAAGCUCUUCCGACGUUAUUCCAACAAAAUAAAUAUCGAGAAGUAUGAGGGCCCCUCACUGCCGCACAGCGCUGCCAAUGUUCUCAUCGAGAACAGCAAGAAAUAUGAUAAAGACAGAUUACGACGUAAAGACAAGCACGAUCGCGCCACAGUUGAGCAGGUGAUGGAUCCCAAGACCCGAAUGAUUCUCUUCAAGAUGUUAAAUCACGGAAUCAUUAUGGAGAUCAAUGGAUGCAUAUCUACCGGUAAAGAGGCUAAUGUAUACCAUGCAACGUCGAAGACUGGAAUCGAGUUUGCUAUUAAGAUUUAUAAAACUUCCAUUUUGCAGUUCAAGGACAGAGACAAGUACGUGAGUGGGGAAUUCAGGUUUCGUCAUGGCUACUGCAGGCACAAUCCCCGAAAAAUGGUGAAGACAUGGGCAGAGAAGGAAAUGAGAAAUCUAAUAAGGCUCAGUCAGGCUGGUAUCAAGAGUCCAAAGCCAAUAAUGCUGAGAAAUCACGUUCUGUUAAUGGACUUCAUUGGCAGCGACGGCUGGCCUGCUCCCAAACUCAAAGACGUCCUCCUGAAGUCGUCUGCCCCUAGGAAAUUGUACAGAGAGUGCGUGGAGAUGAUGUGGAGGCUUUAUAAUAAAUCGAAGCUUGUUCACGCUGAUUUGAGUGAAUACAAUCUGCUGCAUCACGAGGAUUCCAUUGUCGUUAUCGAUGUGUCCCAGGCAGUGGAGCAUGAUCACCCGAUGGCCUUGGAGUUCCUCCGGAAGGACUGUAAUAAUAUCACGGAGUUCUUCAAGAAAAACGGAGUCGCUGUGAUGACGGUCAAGCAGCUGUUCGAUUUUAUUACCGAUCCCACUGUUUGUGAGGCAAACAUGGAUGAAUAUUUGGAUGCCGCUGCAGAGAGGACAGCAAGAGAAGAGAGUGGAGAGGUUGAUCAUGAGCGGGAGGUAGAGGAGGAGGUGUUCAAGCAGGCGUACAUUCCACAGAAUCUUGCGCAGGUGAUCGAUGUAGAACGAGACAUCAAACUCGCCAAAUCUGGGACCGACAAUUUAAUAUACAAAACCCUAGUCGGCCUUCGUGCAGACUUGAAAACAGCGGAAAAACCUGAAAUUCUUGGCGAACAUUCAGAAAAUAGUGAGGGUGAUUCGGACGUGAGUGAAGACGAAUCGAGUGAUGUCUCCGAGGGGGAAUCAAAAUUCGUUAAUGCAUCGAGGCCCAAGGACGAAACUCCAGAGGACAGAAAGUUGAGGAAAAAAGCGGUAAAGGAACAACAGGCCGAGAAAAGGAAAACAAAGAUCAAGAAGCACAUCAAGAAGAGGAAGGAGAGGAUUCAAAAAAAGAAAUAAGAAGAGGCCUGAGUUCACCGGAGAUUUUUCAUUUAUCAUAUCUCCAAUCGAUCCCCGAAGGUGAGAGCAAAAAGGACAUCUUCGUAUUGAGAAUGAUAAUUGCCCUGUAAUAGGCGUAGGCACCUGGAUUAGUUGC